AUGUUUUUUAAUGUUUCAAAAAUUAGGAUAACUCGAAACAACUGCAUCCUCAAUGAGAGAAUCACUCAAAAAGCAUAUCUUCUUCCUGCAACAAAUCUUUCACCUCCUUCUUCUGAUCAAAUUACUGAUAUAAGCAAGAUAAAUGACAUGUUAAACAUGCAAACAACUUUCUGGGUCAAAGCAAUUGCUAAAGUCACAAAUUAUAGCCAACCAUUUUGGUAUAUGGCAUGUCCCCUUUGUAACAGAAUUACUGGAUCUGAAUAUGGGGAAACUUUUCACUGUCUAUAUUGCAAAAACAAUGAUCUCAAAGCAGUCCCUAGAUGCAGAAUAGAUGUUGAACUUACUGAUUCAUCAGCUUGGAUUACAGCAACUGUAUUUGGGGAAAUUGCAGAAACAUUGUUCUCAUGUAAUGCAACAACCCUGAUGAAUACCAAAAUUAAGGCAAGUGAUAGCAUUCCUAACGAACUUCCCGAACUACAUGACAACAAAGAGAUACUAGCUUACAUUAAGGCAGUCAAACAGGACUCCACUGAAGGAUGGAAAUUCAACAUCACUUCGUUCCUUAAUACAACUCCACUCUCAAAUGAAGAAUUAAUCUCUAAUGCUUCAACUUCCCAUCCUAAUCCAACUCCACUUGUGAUUCUUCCUGAAAAGAAACACAAAGCUACAACUGACGAUGAGGAGAAGAAACAUGAAACUACUAACGAAGACGGAAACAACCACAAGGCUUCUAAUGAAGAUCAGAUGCAGUAAAAAGUUUGGGUGUGAUAGAAUUGCUCUUUUGUUACUCUUUUGAAAAUUAUUUUGAAAGUUCCAUGAUGGAAUACAUAUGUAAAUAGGCCACUUGUUGGAACACUAUAUCAUAGGCUUCCACUUUUGGAAGCUCCAUCACUACUGGAUGGAAUGAAUAUGUAAAUAAAUAGGCCACAACUUAGGAACACUUUAACAAUCUUUUGAGUUCCAUUACAACUUGAAAUGAAUCAUGUUGCAACAUUAAAAAUUUUUGCAACCUUAAAUUAUUAUG